AUCCAAAUUUUGAUUUCCAAACAAUAUCCCUCUAAAAGAAUCAAUUUCUACGUCAUUUUUGUUCGAAACGACAUACAAAUGGGUCCUCAUCUGGUGGCGAUUCAUAAGUACUCAAUGCAGACCUUCCAUUCAAACCUGUUUAGCUCUGCAACUACCAGUCAGCUUCACAUGUUAAACCACCCUUCCCGCUUACAGCAGAUCACUAUAAUGGUGUUUCACCAGCUUGUAGUCUCUCUCACCUGCACGGGAUAUGACUUUCGCAUUGGCCUGCAUAAGGAAGAAGCUGGCUGUACUUGGUUUGUGCAAACAUCAUAAGAUGGAGGAUGUCAACGGGAGAAGUAUGUAUUAAACAGAUUCAGCCAAGCUGCAUUCGCCCUUCUGCAGGAGCAAUGUGCAUCGCAACCAUGAUUGGGAAGUACCAGCUGGGCAAGACCAUUGGGGAAGGAACCUUUGCAAAAGUCAAAAUUGCAGUUAACAUGCAGACCGGACAGCAGGUUGCAGUGAAGAUCAUUGAUAAGCAGAUGAUCAUGGAGAACAAACUCAUGCAUCAGGUGAUGCGAGAGAUCGAGACAAUGAAGCUCCUGCACCAUCCAAACAUUGUCAGGAUUUAUGAGGUCCUUGCAACAAAGACAAAGAUCUAUCUCAUAAUGGAGUAUAUCGCUGGUGGGCGGCUGUCCGAUAAGAUUGCUUAUCUGAAGAGAUUAACCGAGGGGGAGGCCAGAAAGUAUUUCCAGCAGCUGAUCGAUGCUGUAGAUUAUUGCCACCUCAGAGGCGUGUGCCACAGAGAUCUAAAGCCAGAGAACCUGCUGCUAGACUGGAAAGGAGAUCUGAAGGUUUCUGAUUUUGGAUUAAGUGUACUGAAAAAGCCAAACACUCUACUAUCUACUUCUUGCGGAUCCCCAGGCUAUAUUGCCCCUGAGGUAAUUGCAGGCAAAAGUUAUGACGGAAUAGCAGCAGAUGUUUGGUCAUGUGGAGUGGUUCUCUAUGAACUACUAGCUGGUUAUCUUCCUUUUGAUGACUCUAACAUAUUAAAUGUUUACAGAAAGAUCAGCAAAGCAGAAUAUGCAUGCCCCCGUUGGUUCACUGCUGGUCCAAGAAGAAUGAUUUUCAAGAUACUUGAUCCAAAUGCAUCACGGCGAAUGACAGUAGCAGAAGUUAUGCAAGAUGAGUGGUUUAAGACAGAUUAUGAGCCUUCGGAAGGAAAAGCAGAAGAUGUCAUAAAGUUAGAUGAUGUAGAUGCUGCUUUUGGCACCAUCAUGAAAGACUCCAAUGAUCAGAGUAAGAAGCAGUCAAACUUCAUCAAUGCUUUCCAACUGAUAGCCAUGUCCAACGACCUUGAUUUGUCAGGCCUUUUCAAGGAAAAGAAUGAUGAAAAUUGUAAGAGAAGAUUUGGGUCAAAGUAUUCCAUGAGUGAGACCAUAGAAAAAAUUGAGGCUGCUGCAAACAAUGUACAACUCUCUGUCAAGCGGAUGAACCAGUCCAAGAUCAAACUUCACGAACCCAAAAAGAUGACCAAGAGCAGAUCUUAUUUUACAUUAGCAGCUGAGGUGAUUGAAGUUACCCCAACAUACUGCAUGGUCGAAAUAUCAAAGUCGACUGGCGAUGUUAUGGAGUACACAGAGUUUUGCAGAAACUUGUCAACUGCGCUCGUAGAUAAAGCAGGGUGCAGCAUUGCAGAUGCCACAAACCCUAUCAGCUCAGAAGAUGUUGGUGGCGAAGAAGCAACAGAUCUUGAUUGGGGCUAUUCUUCCUCUUAAUAAUCUCUAAUAUGUUGAUCCCAAUGUUUUAUUCGGAUCAAAAGUUCGCUUGCAGCUUGAAGAAUCAAACGCGUAUGGAUAUGUUGACUCUCGAAAUUGACACUGCUGGAAAAGGAGAUGGGCCUGUUGAUUGCAGUCCAAUUUUCAACAUCAAACUUUUAUGCUCACACACAAUUGUCGGAAGAACAUUGUAAAUGCUACACUGCGACUCAGCCUUCUGAUCACAAAAACAAAAAUUUGGGGAAGUCUCAUGAAUUUGUAUGACACAACUAGUGUGAAAAUUUUCCAUUUCUUAAUCUGGAUUUUAUGUAAGAAGAAAGAGUUCAAGAAGAUGUAAAUUUGCAUCAAAAA